CUGGAGGUGGCUCUGCAAACUUAACAGAGACAGACAAAGAAGAUAAAUGGUGGUGGUGGUGGCUCAAUCUCUUGCCCUUCUCAUCCCUUUCUCCAUCUCUUCUUGUCAUCAUCAUCCCACAUAUCGGCGCUUGAAGAAACCCAUUAUUACUUGUAGCUCCUUCUCUUCCAAUGCAUGGGGAUGGAAUGUAAAUCGAGGGAAGAAUCGGGUAACAAUGGUUUCAGGGGGUUCCAGUGGGCAUCAGCAGCAGCAACAGCAGAGAAAGAGAAGAAAAGUGGUGGAACACAUAUGUUUUCUCAAAGCAAACAAGGAUUUAUCUGAUGAGCAAGAGAAAGAUAUGCUGGAUUAUCUCUUUACCACUCAGUAUCAAAUGCCUGGAAUUCUUGCAAUAUCUUUGGGAAGAAUAUCUGAUAAAAAUGUAGAAAGUUUCAGCCAUGCUGUCUUCAUGCGUUUCCAAAGAAAGGAAGACCUUGCAAAGUUCUAUCAAAACCCAUUCUACUCUGGAGUGCUAAAGGAGCAUGUAAUUCCUUACUGUCAUGUAUGCCCUGAGAUGGAUUAACUAAUGUCGAUUAUGAAUCUGAGGUGGAAGAUGACCUCCUUCCUAUAUUUCGUAAAGGGGAGGAUUUCAACACUGGUCUCGAAUUUGUCCUUCUGAUUACAUUUUCUGAGAGUGCAAUUGAUGAACCUGCAAAAGAUGCAUUGGCAUCCCUUCAAGCUCUCACCGAAGAACAUCAAUCCUUAAUUGUCCAAUGUACCCAAGGUUCAAAUUUCAAUUCUAGCAGUGAAGAAUAUACCCAUGGAGUGAUUAUAAGAUUUCGAUCAUGUCAGUUCUCUUGCUCAUUUAUUGAUUUCUGAUUAUUCAGCACCUCAUUCCAAUCAUUGCUUUUAGCUGGUAUUUUUGCAGUUGACGCCUUGGAGAUAUUUAUCAACAGCUCAGAAUACAAAAAUGUCUGGAGUUCCAAAUUCCAGCCCAUAGCAAAGAAAACGAUUGCUGUUAACUUUUCUGUUGAGCCGGUGGGCACUGAGAUCAUGUAGAAGAACCCAUGAAUUUGAAUUUUGUAUUCCUUCUUAUUAAGUAAAGUAACCAAGACAAUCAUUCCAACCAUCAUUCCAGCAAUCAAGGAUAAUCAUUUCAGCAAGCAAUCAAGCUUAUUGUCAACUCAACCUGUGUAUAUUUACUUUGCUACUAAAUAUUUUACUUUGCUUUUACAAACUGGUUGCUAUGUAAAGAAUCGUGUGUAUAAGUCAAUAUGUAUAAUGGAAUACAUACGGCAUUAUUCU